AUGCGGGCUUGGACAUACACGCAAUCCGGCCUCCCAUCGCAAACCCUCGUCCUCGACGAUGAGGCCCCCGCGCCCUCACCGGCCGACCUCGGGCCCGACGAGCUCCUCAUCGCCGUCAACUACGUGGCCCUGAACUCGGGCUUCACGACCCUGAUGCGCUCUCUCCCCGCGCAGCCCUACUCCCUGCCGCACAUCUACAACCGCCAGAAGCGCCUGGGCGUCCCCGAGUUCGAAUUCUCCGGGCGCAUCUUGGCCGUCGGCUCCGCCAUCCCCUCCACGAGACCUGACCUCCUCCCCUCCACGCUCGUCCUGGGCUGCUGUGCUGCUAAACGCGUCUUCGUGCAGGGUCAAGGCGCGCUGGCGGAUCGGCUCAUUGCCCCGGCCGCUCAAGUGAUCCCCUUGCCGCCUCCUUAUACUAUCCCCACCAGCCCCACCACCCAAGAUGACGAAACCCUAACACCAGUACCAGCACCACCAGCACGAGCAUCGAUAUCCCUCCUCGAAGCCUCCGGCCUCAGCGCGUGCGGCUGCACCGCCAUCCAAGUCCUCGACCUCACCAAGCUAGUCGCAGGCGACACGCUCUUCGUCAACGGCGGCAGCACCAGCGUAGGCAUGCUGAUCAUCCAAGUGGCGCGACACGUCCUAGGAGAGACCGGCACGAUCGUCGCAUCCGGCACCGACGCCUCCCUGAUCCGGUCAGUCGGCGCUGACCAAGUCAUCGACUACACGGCCCAGCACCCGCUGCACGAGUACCUGCGCGCGCACCACGCGGACCGCCCCUUCGACGCCAUCAUCGACUGCGUCGGCGUCACCGACCUGUAUACCCACUGCGAACCGUACCUUGCGCCCGGCAAACUGUUUGUCAAUCUGGGCGCCAUGACCGCCAAACCUACCCUUUGGGGCUUGGUGGGGUUUGUCUGGAAUCAGCAUCUGCUGCCGUUGUGGCCGGUUCGGUUGGGGGGGGUGGAUAGGUCUUAUCGGUUUUAUAGUGCGAGGCCGGAUCGCGCGACCUUGGGGAGGGUUCUGCGGUUGGUGCAGGGCGGGGAGGUGAGGUUGGUGGUUGAUUCCGUGUGGGAGAUGGGGGAUGUUAGGAUGGCUUACGAGCGCAUGGAGAGUAAGAGGGCAAAGGGGAAGGUUAUCAUUCGGGUGCAGGAGGAGUGA